CGUCACUUAGAAUCAGACGCUCGUCCAUUCCUCUGCUUAUACAUACAAGAGAAGAGAGUCCUAUAAUUCCAAAUCCAAACCCUAACUGAAACAGAAAAUCUGUAAACAAUGGAAGACGGAAUGGCAGAGGAACAUCCUCCGAACUUCAUUCAACAACGAGGAGAUGAAGAAGAGCAGGAAAAGUUGAGUGGGUUUCUGAGGAAUUUUAUUUCUAACAUGGUGUCUGCAGAGGGAAGUGAAGAAAAGAAAGCAGAACAAGGAGAUGGAGAAGAUGGCGAAAAGUCAAGUGGGUUUCUGAAGAAUUUAAUUUCGAACAUGGUCUCUGCAGAGGAGAGUGAAGAAAAAACAGAGGAAGAAGAAGAAGGAAAGACGAAUGGGUUUCUGAAGAAUUUCAUCUCGAACAUGGUCUCUGGAGAGGAUAUCGAAGAAAAAACAGAGGAAGAAGAAGAAGGAAAGACGAAUGGGUUUCUGAAGAAUUUCAUCUCGAACAUGGUGUCUGGAGAGGAAACGGAAGAAAAAACAGAGGAAGAAGAAGAAGGAAAGACGAAUGGGUUUCUGAAGAAUUUCAUCUCGAACAUGGUUUCUGGAGAGGAAAGGGAAGAAAAAACAGAGGAAGAAGAAGAAGAAGGAAAGGAACAUGGGCUUCUGAAGAAUUUCAUGUCGAACAGAGUACAUGCAGAGGAGAGUGAAGAAGAAACAGAGGACAAACAAGAAGAAGAAGAAGAGAAGGGAGGUGGGUUACUGAGGAAUUUCAUUUCAAACAUGGUAUCUGCAGAGGGAAAUGAAGAUGAAGAAAAAGAGGAGGAAGAUGUUAUGAUUUCUGAGAAAACAGGGGAAGGGGAAAGAGAUAAAAGCGGCGGCUCUGAGUUAGUUGAAGAAAAGGGCGGCGGCGGAGGAGGCAUUAUAUACAACAUUGUCUCCCACUUGCCUGCUUCACUUCAAGGUGAUGCAGUGACCACAACAGAUGAAGCUGCGAUUCUGAUUCACUCUAUUAUCCAUGAAUGAAAUUUUCUUGGUUUUUUAUUUUAUUUUGUUUUGUGUUCAUAGGUUUUGUUUUCCUAUGUAAAUUUAAGUUGUGUUUGAUUGUUUGGGAUGUGUACUCUUCUUUUUUGUUAAACAGAGUACAUAAAAAAUAAUGGGAUUGAUAAAAGAAGCAAGAUCCUGAUUAACAGGAUAUUUGACUAUCCAA